ACGAGAGAGAAGCAAAAGAUGACGUGUUAAGCGGUGACUAGUGAACAACCUUUUGCUUCUCGAUUUGAUUCGUUUCGUCCUCGAUGAGAAAAGCUCCCCCCCCUUCUCUUCUUUCUGAGUUCUCUCAAGUCAAAAGGGUUUUCUCAUCACUGUUCCUUCCUCUUUCUAUCUGUGAUUUUCAUUACAACCUCUGCUCUUUCCCGUGAACACUCUCAGUAUCUGUAAACUGGGAAUAAAAAAGCUGCUAAUGUAUCUGUAAAGUGUAAGACUUUUCGAUGCGAAUCUCUCUCCAUCGGUUUUAGAAAUAGAAAGAUUUGUACUUUCAGUGUUUGUUAGAUCUGUUGAAUAAAUCGGAGUCAAUGUCGGAUCCACCUCGAUUCCGAUCGGUGGUUAUUGGUCCAACCGGAAACAAGCUGCAGAGGAAACCGCCGGGGAUGAUGAAGAAGACGACCGUUGAAUCAAAAGAUGAGAAGAAAACGAAGAAACCACCAGAUACUACUCCGGAUUCGCCAACGACGACUCUGAAGCAAUGCUCUUCGAUUCUGAGACGGAACAGUGCUUCCUCCAUGACUGCUUCUUAUUCCUCUGAUGCCUCUUCUUCUUGCGACUCGUUGCCUCUGAGCGUGGCGUCUUCUUCUUCUUCCAGCUCUAAGAAGAAGCCUGUGAGGCGGCGAAGUGGGUCUGUCUCCUCCUCCCCCUCCGGUGCGUUGAUGAGAAGGAAGCAGGUUGAUGAGAAAGAAGACAAGGCUGCUGCUGCUGCUAGUAGUAAUGCUGAUUGCUUCGCUGACGGUAGAAAAAGAUGUGCUUGGAUCACUCCUAAAGCUGACACGUGUUAUGUUGAUUUCCACGACGAAGAAUGGGGAGUUCCUGUUCAGGACGACAAGAAGCUUUUUGAGUUGCUAUGUCUCUCUGGUGCUCUAUCCGAGCUCUCUUGGACCGACAUUCUCUCCAGAAGGCCAUUACUCAGGGAAGUUUUCAUGGACUUCGAUCCAGUUGCUGUUUCUGAACUCAACGAGAAGAAGGUAGCCGCCGCUGCCUUAUCCUUGCUAUCUGAGGUUAAGAUACGUUCAAUCCUCGAUAACUCACGCUGUGUGCGCAAGAUUAUAGCUGAACAUGGAUCAUUCAACAAGUACAUGUACAACUUUGUGAACAGUAAGCCUACACAGAGCCAGUUCAGGUAUCAAAGACAAGUCCCUGUGAAGACAUCAAAGGCUGAGUUUAUAAGCAAGGAUCUUGUACGCAGAGGCUUUCGCAGCGUGAGUCCUACGGUUGUUUACUCCUUCAUGCAAGCAGCUGGUCUUACAAACGACCAUCUCAUUGGCUGCUUCAGAUACCAGGAGUGUUGCGUAGAUGCAGAGGCAACAACCAAGGGCAAGAAGAAGAAUGAGAGUGAUAAAUAAUAAUUAUAUGUUUUUGAGGAUAUGUUGUUUUCUUUCAAAAAUGAUUUGACACAACGAGAUUUUUGCUACCGUACCGUGAAGUGUUCCUUUUGCCAUUUGGCGUUGUAUAGAUGUGUUUUCGUUA